UUCUGUGCAGAGUGCUCCCCCUUUUGUGUCACGUUUUCUGCUCCACGGAGGGCGCACACGCCUCCUCGUCCUCCUCCUCCUCCUCCAGCCGAGUAAGCCGACACACUUCACUGUGCUCCUCACUCCUGCGAAAAGAUGGCUCAAGACGACGGUGUGCUUUAAAGGCGACAUGGACGCUCAUUGAUCGAAAAGGAAUUGUUGUAACUGUAUGGAUCGGAGUUCAUCGCCGAUGUGGGGCGAGUGUGAGAGUGCUGUGGAGGAGGAAGCAUCAUCCAAAGUCACAGGUACCGUGACAGAUGUGUGUCGAGACGAAGCAGACAACACUCCUCCACUUCAGCCUCACACUCUCAAGCAGUUUGAGCAGCACCUGAACGACCUGAAGAAGGAGAACUUCAGCCUCAAGCUGCGCAUCUACUUCCUGGAGGAGAGAAUUCAGCAGAAGUACGAGGAGAGCAGCGAAGAUGUCUUUCGAACGAACAUCGAGCUGAAGGUGGAAGUGGAGAGCUUGAAGCAGGAGCUCCAAGAAAAACAGCAGCUUCUGGACAAAGCUCUAACAACAGCAGAGUGCUUGACCAACCACAAUGAAGAAGAGGUGCAGAGACGCUGUCAUGAGAGGCAGCAGGAGAUCGAACAAAUGCAGCAAGUGCUCGAGACCAAGAUACAGUUCCUGCAGGAGGAGGCCCAGUUAGCGCGCAAUGAGGCUGUCAGGUCGGCCUCGUUAACUGGGUCACACGCCCGCGCUUGCAACCUCUCCAAAGAUGCCAUCACGGAAGAUAACACUGCGGAUGAGAGGCCUCACGACGUCAUGCCUUCAUCCGACACCAAUAAAGACAGAAUGAUAGAGGACCUGACAAAAGAGCUUCACUCCAAGCAGGCCCUCAUUGCAGAGUUAAGCGCGGAGAAGAAGACUCUCGCACACCGGGUGGGGGCACUGGAAGGACGAGUUCACGAACUGUCGUCCUCUCUACUACAGAAGGACAAAGAUGUGGAGUUCUAUCAGGAGGAACUCGGUCAGGAAAGGCUGCGCAUUGAACAGGAAAUGCAGAACCUUGUCGAGGAGCAGCAAAGCCAGCUGAACCAAUACGAGUGUGCAGCGGGCCAGUGUGUCAGCGAGCUGCAGAAGGCCCAACUCCAGGUCCAGUCCCUGCAGGCCAAAAUCCACGAGAGUGAUUCCAACAAUAUGAGGCUACAGGAGAAGCUGAAUGAGAUGGAGUGCGAGCUUCGUUCCCUCCGCCAGGCUGCUCAGAGUCAGGAGAGAACCAUCCAAGACCUCACGGAAUCGAUCGGCACCAAAGACAGUGAGGCCCAGAAGUUGUAUCAGCUGAUCGAGGGGCAAAACGUCACAUUAAACAAGCUCCGAGAGAUGGCCCACCGUAAUCAACUCGCACAAAGCAAGGCUCCAGAGGGGGUCAGUGAGUCUGUGACGCUUUCCCAGCUGCAAGGGGAGCUGGUGGGAGUGCAAAGCUCCCUGUUCUCUUUGGGCCUGGAGCUGGAGGCCAGCCAGAGGAGUCUCAGGCAGAGUCAGAGACAAGGUGACGAUCUGGCCCGCUUCAAAGACAGACUGAAUGCUGACCUUCAGGAGGCGCUGCAGCAUAGGGAAGAGACUGAAAAACACAAUCAGGACCUGCGUUGCACACUUCAGAAAACUCGCGCCGAGCUCAGGGCUAAGGAAGAAGCUCUGAAGGAAGUCGAGGCCGAGAGGCUCUCCGUGGCGCAAGAAAAAGACAGAAGCAUCGCACAGCUCAAUCACUCUCUGCGGGAGAAGGAGCGACAGUUACAGGAGUACUCACAAAUGUUCGAGACACCAGAAAGUUCCAAACCAAGAGAUGCACUUCUAGAGAAAUUAAGAGAGAGAAUUAAAGACAGAGACAGAGCUUUGGAGCGCACCAUCGAUGACAAGUUCCGCUGCCUGGAUGAACGCGAGGGUCAAGUGAGGACCCUGCAUCUGGCGCUACGGGAAAAAGACCGAGACCUGGACAGGCUCCGCUGCAUCCUGUCUAACAACGAGGAGACCAUCACGAGUCUCGAUGCUCUGGUGCAAAGGAAAGAGCUGGAGCUGGAGCAGGCGGCCGAAGCCUACAGAAACCUUCAGUGGCUGAAACAGGAGAGUGAAGAAAAGGAGAGGAGCAUUUUCAGGGAGAAGGACGCCAUCAUUGGUCAGCUGCAAGCAGCGCUGCAGGCUCGCAGCAAGGAGAUACAGGAUCUGACGGCGACCCUGGUCGCCAGAGUUCAGGCCGGCCCCACCGAGGUGGUGGAGGAGCUGAAGGCUCGGCUCCAGCUGAAGGAGAAGCUCUUUCAGGACCUGCUGUCAGACCGCAGCCGCCAAUCAAGUGAACACCAAACACGGGUGUCAGACCUGCUCAACACCCUCAGUGUCAAAGACCAGUACCUGCAGGACAAUUCGUACAGGCUGUCCUUGGUUAUAAGCGAGCGCACAGGUCAGCUGCAGGAGGUGCGCAGGCAGCUGUCGAAGAGAGAGCAGGAGCUGUGCGAGCUGAGGCGGGACAAAGAGAGGGAGACGGGCGGAGACGUGCAGCACCUGCAAGGUCUUCUCCGAGAGAAAGAAGCCUUUUUUAAGGAGAUGAUGCAGAACCAAGAGGAAGUCAUGAUGCAGCCGUCUCCAGAGAGUGAAGAAGACAUGAAGGCUCUUCAGGAAGAGCUGCAGUUAAUGCUUAAGAAGGAGAGGGAAGCCCAGAAAGAACUGUCUGCUCUGCGUUCAUCUUUGGCUGCCCAGCAAGCAAAGGGAGCAGCAACAGCAAGUACCGAGCAUGUGCUGGAGCAGCUUGUCUUGGAGUACCGUCAGCUGAAUGGUGCCCUGAGGACCGAAAAGAGAUUAUACCAGAAUCUCAUUCACACCAAUAGCGACAGACAACUCUGCUUUCCACUCAACAGCUCCGACAAGGUCUUGGCCCUCCACACUCAGCUGGACUCGGUUCAGGCACUCCGCGGGCAACUGGAGGAGGUCCUGACCCGGAUUCAGAACAUGGCCCUGGACCUGGAAAGGGCCACCAAAAGGCAGCGUGACUUAGGAGAUGUCAGCACUGAAGAGGACGAGGGGGAUGAUGAAGACGGCAGCAGCGACGAGUUCACCGACAGCAUAGAGGACGACGAGAAAGUUACACCUGCGAGUUUGCCUUUCACCGAGCCUCAAACGGCCCGUGGACAUGAAGGAGAGUCUGCAUUCCUGAGGACUCGCACGCAGACCGUUGAACUGGAGCUAAAAGAAAUACAGUCACAGCUUGAGCGGGAGGGAUUCACCUCGGUGACCCAGAUGAGGAGCACACUGCAGAGGCUUCGGAAGGAGAACCAGUUCCUAAAAGAACAUCAGGGAGUGGGGACAGACCACAGGAGUCUUGACCAGGGUGAGGAGGAGGAUGAUACUGAGGAGGAGGACUACAUGGAAGAUGAUGAACGGGGGGCUACAUCUUCCGUGCCUGUCAAGGGUCUGAGUGAGCAUUCGGCCCGGCUUUGUUCGGAGAACCGAGAACUGCAGGAGAGGCUGAUGGUGUCUGAAGCCACCGUUCACGCUCAGGCCGAGCAGCUGAAGGACUACAGGGACCUGCUCAAAUUAGCCACACAAAUGUGUCAGUCGCUGUAUCCAGCUCACACAGCAGGCAGGCAGAGGAUGUCUGCCAUUGUGGUUUGUGUCUCAGUGAAAGAAUACAUUGAAUUAGCCGUCGAACCUUGUCGAGGAGCAGCAAAGCCAGCUGAACCAAUACGAGUGUGCAGCGGGCCAGUGUGUCAGCGAGCUGCAGAAGGCCCAACUCCAGGUCCAGUCCCUGCAGGCCAAAAUCCACGAGAGUGA